AUGAUCGAUCAAACUGGAGUGAGUUACUGUAGAUUGAGGGUACUGUAAGAGAUCGUAAAGAGUCCUAAACAGCGCUGUUCUUCAGGCGCGGCUACUUGAGAACGUCUUUUUCAUUCUUUUGAAAUUUUUAUGUUUAACCAAUUUUUUUAUAGUAUAACAAUCACAUCUGGGAUAACGUGCUCCAAAAACUCCAAAAACCACCAGCCAAAUGCUCAAAAUCUCGAAAAACUCAAGAACAACAUACCUCAACUUCUCUCGUCACUUAUUCUAACGCAAAUAGCGCUUUGAACUCUGGAAGAUCUCUCGAAAUCACUGAAUUGGAGCGAAAAAUUGAAGUUCGACAAGAACAAAAACGUUUUCCUCCUAUUCAAGAGAGACCAAACUAUUUGGUGCAAAAUGCUGAAAAAUCUAGAAAAUCUCGUGCUCCACCAGCUCUGGCCCCACCUUCCCAAAUACGAGCUUCCAACCGUGCUCAAUUUCAUCAAGCUCCUCAAAUUCAAGAGCCGAAAAUUUUGAAUCAAUGUUUGACAACUGAUGAGGAAAGAAGAAAUGCACCACAGCCAAAAAUGUUACCAACUUGGAAAUAUACACCGACAUGUGAUAAUUUGAUGAUGGUGAGUUUGGUUAUAGUCAAUUAUUUGAAAAAAAUAGCUAGCGGUUAAUUUAAAACUUUCGUAAUUUCAAAUGUUCUAAUUUUCCAACAAAUUCUAAUAGAAAAAUCUAGUUUCAGUAAAUACAAAAACUUUCAUCAUUUCAUUUUUUCAGUAUGAUUCCCGCGCAGCUUCCGAUGCUUUUCAAGAUUAUGCGCAUCGAAUGAAGGCGAAAAAACUCAAAAUCCAAGCUCAAUCCCAAGCACCAAGAAUUCGAGAAACACCAAUUUUGUGUCCAAGAAUUCCGAAUCCUGAACCCGAAUUUGAGAUUUGCAAUCGAAAUCGUGAAGUUUGUCGAAAUCGGAUUAUCGAGGAAAGAAGACAAUUGAAACAAUAUCAGCAACAGAAUCUGACCUUAGACUUCAACCCAGAACAUUCUGGAUCCCGGAAAAUUCCAAAUUCCAAACAUCUCGAGAAAACUGUUCAAAUGACGCGAGUUCGUGAUGAUGAGAUUUCGAUUAUCAAAUAUGAAAAUCAGGUGGAAGAAGCUGCGCCAGAACCUUGCGUCAGAAAACCAAUGUGCCAAACACAAGCUCCACUUCAAGCGCAAGCAUUUUACGGAACUAUCGAGGCACAAGUUUGUGCUUCUCGCGCGGCUGAGAAUAUUUCGGUGGCCUGUGAGAAUUUGCAACGCUUGCAUUUUGUUAGUGAAGCCGUUUUUCCAAAUAGUGGAAAACAUUUGGUGAGUUUUGGGGAUACUUUAUCUACAGUAGUCUAUAAGAUCCACGUGGUUUUCAUUUUGCAAUGUAACCUUGAAGAUUUUCUUGGAGUCAGAAGUUUUUAUUGAAUUUAUUGAAACAGUGGUUUUUUCGAAACAGAAAUGAGAUUUUUUCCAAAUUCCCAAGAACUUUAUGAAAGUAUUUCACACAAAUUAUGAAAAUGCCUUCAUUUGUUAUUCAUAUCUGAAACAGACAUUUUUGUUUUCUGAUGUUUUAGAACUAUUUAGUUUUAUUUGGUUCAUGUUUCUUGUUUAAAAAUGUUGUAGUUUUUUCAGUUUCGCUGAUUGAAAAAAACUGUUUCAAAAAUUUUUUUUCAGAUCUUCCCAGAACUUUUUUUUCAAUUGUAUAUUUCCAAUUAAAUUCUCCCGAAAAGUACAAUUUUGAUAUAUGAUAUUUAUGUUUAUCAGAAAACUUAUAAACAUAAACAUUUUGCUUUGGAAAAAAAAACCCGGGGGUCUACAGUAACCUAACCCAAAUUCAAUUUUUCCAGAAAACUCUCAAACAAAUUGGCGGCGAAAUUCGUGAUUUCAAUGCGCAAAUUGGUUCACACCGUGUAAAUCCACCAAGAAAUUUGAACAUGGUAGGAUAAUUUUCAGAUUGAAAUUUUAAAAUUCUCAAUUUUUCAGAACAGCACUCAUGUGGCUCAUUUUAUUCUGGAAGGAUAA